CUGCAACUCCUCCCCUUCAACUAACCCUAACCCCAAAAAGUCAAAGCAAACGUAAACAAAUUUCAUUUUUAGACCACCACCAGUAGCAAUGUUAACAACGUUAAAAGGAAAACUGCUUAACGUAAGUAAAAUUGGUUUGUUAAGCCCCACAAAUGAGGAAGGACCUACAAAAAGCCCCGUAAAUACAUUAAAUGCCGGCGCAGACAUUCUCACCCAUUAUCAAGAUCAAUGGGCAGACAUCCACAGUUUAAACGAAGAAAAUGCGAGCAGUGCGGCCAAGCUCGCCGCAGAGAUCAACUUAUUACACACCAAAACCAGUGUCGACUACACGAACGUUGUCGAAAUAACGCACCUACUUAACGCGACACCGACAAUUAAUAAGAGUAUGGAAACGUGUUGCGAACAAAUCAAACAUUUACACACCAGUUUCCAGAACGUCGAGAAAGGUAUCUUGGAUUUGGAGGAUUUAAUUGAACGAAUAGAAUUGGAGAGACGUAAAGUCGAGCAUAAGUACCAGUUGGCGUUAUACAAAGAAAAGAAGAUGGCACAUUUCGAAAAAGUAAGAACGGAAAUGGCAGCGAAACAUACUCAAACAGUGGCGGAAUACGAGUUGAAACAAAAGAAACUGUUGGAAGAACGCCAGCAAGUUUUCCAAGAUGCCUUUAAUGACGAUCUACGGACGUUUAAAAGCUUAGGAAAUAUGCCUAAAAUUGAAACCAAUAGUCAAAGCAGUGCCUUAUUGGAGGAAAUUCAGCUGGACUUGGACCAACAGGAUCUUGAAAGUUUUUUAAGCACAAAGUAGUCUUAACUUAAUUGUCUUCCGUUAUGUUUGUGAUAUUAAAUGGUGGCAGGGUACAAUUGUAAUUGUGGUACAGUGUAGGUGUAAUAUAAAAAUUUGGGGAUAUCCAAUGAA